AUGGCGUUCAGUACCUCCGGCCCUCAGAUCUUUGAUGAUGCCAAUCGUCCCCCGGCUCGAUCUUCGGUCUUCCGGACCAUCAUGUCCAAACCUCACAAGCGAAACCAAUCCGCCGAUGAUGCUAUGGCUCCACCCUCACCGACCAAACAACCAACAUCGGUUCCAUUCCCCUGGGCAAACGGCCCAUCGUCAGGCCCUGGUCACCUCCCACUAUCCGAGAUCGUCCCCAACCGCGAUGCCGGCGAUAACGGCGGUCCCGCUCAGAAGAUAGGAAGCAAGGGGAGCAAGGGUGCUCUACAUAAGAAAACGAAAAGCGCUGUCUCUCUUAAAUCUCUGCGAAGCUACAUGGGAAAGGACAAGUCCGACGAAACCAACAGUGUUGCGUCUGACGAAAUGCAACCAAAGAAGACUAAGUCGACUAACAGCCUGUCGGCGAUCCUGAAGCGGUCCCAGCGAGGACGCAAAGGUGACGGCUCCAAGCAGAGCCGCGAGAAAGAAAACCGCAGUCCGACCGAUCUCAUUGACAACUUGAAUAUGCCCUCCCCGAUGCCAUCUCCAGUUUGGCCACAAUCGGCCCCGAUCUACAAUGAUUCUAUGACUCGUGCACGACAGAAUUCCAACGCUGAUAGACAUCGAACCCUGGCAGACGAGGUCUCGCUCUACACGCCAAAGGGCUAUAGCCCGGCUCAACAACGUAACUUCUAUGAUUACCACCAGCCGUCCCUCGCUAGAGCUGGGGAAGCGAAGCCCCGGCCCAAGUCCGAUUGUCUCCAGGGUAACAGAAAACUGAAGGAUCUCAUGGGAACCAUCCAACGCGAGCAAUCGCGGGACAGUUAUGCCAUGGAGAAGGUCGACACAGCGUCCUCAAGGGGACCAAGACUCGAGAGGUCGAGAAAGAUGUCUGCCCCAGAAUCGCCUGCGAGACCGCAAGAGCAGCCAAGUCCCAAGAAGCUGUCUCGGGUCCAAGCAGCCAUCUCUGCAUUCAAUGCAAAGGAAAAAGACGUCGACGUUCACAAACAUCUGGAUUCCAAAGACCUCGAAAGCGAGUUCGAGAAACUACUGGAUGCGAGAAACAUUCCCCAUAACAUGCGGGACAAGAUGCGGUCCCUCGAUACCAACAUCAAGGCCGACUUCAUCCAGAAAGACAGAACUGAGAACGGCACGCCUCACAGCGCGGGUACGGCCGAUAGCCGUCGGGGUCGUGGUAACGAGACAAAAGAUUCUCAAGACCGCAGGGGUUCUCGCUCUCGCUCCAGAAGCCGUGGCUUUGCCUUUGGUCGCGGACCCUCAUCCCCUGGGAAGAAGGUUCGGCCUGAGAGUGGAAGUAGCUUUCAUCGUCCCCGAUCGGUUGACCUUUCUCAACCCGUUGGCGUCUACACCACUCUCUCGGCAGCUGGGUCAACGGCCUCUCUCACUGAUGCCGCGGCGGUAGACACUGCCGCGGAUCCAUCUGACUUUGUGCAUUAUCUGCGAGAAAUCCAGAAGCCAGAGAUGAUUGAGGUAGGUAAGAUUCACAAGCUCCGCCUUUUGCUCCGAAAUGAGACUGUCGCUUGGGUCAAUGGCUUCAUCAUAGAGGGAGGCAUGGAUGAGAUUGUGCAGUUGGUAUACCGCAUCAUGAAGAUGGAGUGGCGUGAGGAUCACGAGGACACCCUUCUCCACGAAGCGUUGCUCUGCCUGAAGGCACUCUGCACUACCUCUAUUGCACUGGCGCAUCUCACCAGGAUCGAGGCCGAGCUCUUCCCCGCUCUUUUAAAGAUGCUGUUUGGCGAGGAUAAAAAGGGACCGAGCGAGUUUACAACUCGAGGCAUCAUCAUCAACCUCUUGUUCACUCAACUCUCGGCCCUUGCCCCAGGCGAAACCCCCGGAACGCGUGCCAAACGCAUCCUCUCCUACCUACGCGACCCAUCUCCAGAAGACGAAAGUCAACCCGUUGCCUUCAUUGCGAAUAUAUACCAGUCACGACCUUAUCGUGUCUGGUGCAAGGAGGUCACAAAUGUGACCAAAGAAGUCUUCUGGAUCUUCCUGCACCACCUGAAUGUCAUCCCCCUCCCCAAGGGAGAACACCUCGGCAGAGACUACCCCGUACUACCAACGUCACUUCCCGUCCGCUCGCCCCCCCCUGUUCCCGCCGCUCCAUACGUCGGAGGCGUAGAAUGGGAUGCGACAAACUACCUUGCCGCGCAUCUCGACCUGCUGAAUGGCAUGAUCGCCUCCCUACCCACAGUUGAUGAGCGCAACCAGCUCCGCGACGAGCUACGAGCCUCUGGCUUCGAGAAGGUGAUGGGCGGCAACCUGCGCACCUGCAAAGAGAAGUUCUAUUCAGCCGUGCACGAAUGUCUUCGCACCUGGGUCGCUGCCGCAGCUGCAGAUGGCUGGCCCUACAUUGCCGUCCGUGAGGGCCCUCCUCGUGGCGGUGACCCUGGGUCUCCUACUAAGUCCCCCAAGAAAGCCCCGGGCAGCCCCAAGAAGGGUGCGCUGGAGGAAAAGCCUCCUAAGCUAGAGCUUGCGCUCGAUUUUCCCAUGAGCCGACCACCUGCCGGUCCUGAAACACCUUCGAGUGACUUGCGCAGCUGGCUUUGA